GCGAGCAUGGCAUGUACGACUUUUCAACGAUCAAGUGCCUUUUGGCUUUGCAGAGAACUUUUUGCCUUACCAGACCUGGUGUAUGAAUGACUGCAACUAUCCGCCUUCCCAAGUGCACCCGCCAUCCAGCAUCCAUGGCACGUCAGCAGUAGAUCACAAAUGGCAUUCCGAGUCUGUCAUGGCCUGAUAUUGCUUGGAAGAUUGCAAGAUCGGGCCAAUACUAAGGAAUCCCGGUGGAGACCACUGCGUAUUGUACGUUCUUUGCGAACACUCCUGACAGUUCACCAGAGCUAGAGUAUGGGUCACACCUCACGAGAUGACUAUGACGCGCCUCUUCAAGUACUUGUAUGGUUAAGGUAUGUAGGACCAGGAUUCGAUCCCCUCGUGAUAUUCGACAGGAAACUCCACUGCUGAUUGCAAGAAAUGCUAUUGGGCUUUUUUCUCCACGUCUACCAUAAUUUCGUCGCCAAGGUAUGCGAUAUCUGGUCCUGGAAUCACGACCACUGGCUCUGCCUGAUUAUGCUUCUGCGCACCAGCUUCCCUACUCUACUCUACUCUUCUCUUCUCUUCUCUUCUCUACUCUUCUCUUUCCUUUUGCUUCUGCUAUGCUAUCUAUCCCCAAACUUCUGCAACGAGCCGUCAGUAACAUGGGAGAUUGCAAACUUCCCAACGCCGACAACGAAGCAAAUAUUAUUGCGCCACGUGGUAGAAGCGCAUUGGGCUAUCCGCCGUCUGCUGUACGCAGACAUAUUAUGCGGAUCUCAAGUUUACUCUCAAACUCACCAGGCGGCAUC